AUGAAUGAGCAAUUAGAAGUUUUUGAUGAAAUUUCUGCAUCAGAAAUCUUUUCUUCUGAAUGUUUAAAACGAAUUGACUCAAGAAAUGGUGUUUUUGAGUUCCAAAAAUCCGUUGCUUGCACAAGAAUUGUUCAUUUUAUUAAAAUUUUAAAUUCAGUGCUUCCAGGAGCCAAAUUGACAGAUUUAAUCCCUAUAAGUGAAGAAAUUCAAAGAGUUUUGGAUAUUCUAGAUAUUCUUUUGUCUUGGAUUGAAGAAAUUCCGCCAGAAAUUGGUCCCAAACGCUUUGGAAAUAAAGCAUUUCAAAAAUGGAUUUAUCGUCUUGAAAAUGAAGGACUUGAAUUGUUAAAAAAAUAUCUUCCAGAAUGGAUAUAUCCAGCACUAGGAGAACUCUAUCCAUAUUUUGUGUUAGGGUUUGGCCAUGGACAAAGAUUAGAUUAUGGCACAGGCCAUGAACUUUCUUUUGCAGCAUUUCUAUGUGGGCUUUUGUUACUUCGUUUUUUCAAAUUGAAAAGGGACGAACCUGCAAUUGUUUUAAAAAUAUUUAACAAAUACUUUGAAAUCACAAGGACGCUUAUUGUAACAUAUAACUUGGAACCUGCAGGUUCUCAUGGUGUAUGGGGACUUGAUGAUCAUUUUUUUUUACCAUAUGUAUUUGGAUCCUCUCAAUUAUCUCAUGUCGAUGCUAGUGUUUUUCCAAAAGAUAUCCUUGAUAAAAAUAUAGUCAAGCAACAAAAGGAUGAAAAUUUAUAUUUUGGAGCCAUAAAUUUUAUUAAUGAUGUUAAACAAGGUCCUUUUUUUGAACACUCACCAUAUUUAUAUGACAUAUCAGGUGUGGAACACUGGAAAAAAGUUAACCAGGGUAUGUUGAAGAUGUACUAUGCAGAAGUACUUGGAAAAUUUCCAGUUAUACAGCAUUUCCCCUUUGGAAAUGUUAUAUUUCCAUUUGAUCCUGUUGACCAUUAA